AUGGUUGAUACAGUAAAAAACAUUCGCCAAUGCCUUGCUACUGCUCAGGGUCAUCAAAAGAAGUAUGCUGGUAGACGAAGAAGACCAUUAGAACUCACAGUCGAAGACAGUGUUCCUGAAAGUUGCACCAAUAAAAAAGCCUAUAAGUUGAACUUACAAGCUUCAAUGGAUCGAAUUCACAAUGUGUUUCAUGUCUCUACUCUUCGAAAGUAUAUUCCUGAUGCUUCACAUAUAUUACCGGAUAACCCAAUGGAUCUGGAAACUAAUUUAACCUAUGAAGAAAGACCAGUAAAAAUUUUACUCUGA